CACAGAUGCUGUAGCGCUGUUUAUUGCAAAAGACAUGGUGUCCAUAUAUACUGUGGAAAAGUCAGGAUUCAUUAACAUGUUGAAAGUUUUAGACCAGAAGUAUGCGCUACCAAGCCGUAAAUAUUUUUCUGAAGUUGCCUUGCCACACCUGUAUAACAGCACACGCCAAAGAAUCACUAGAGAGCUGGAGGAGGAUGUGUCGUAUUACGCCGCCACUACUGACCUGUGGUCCAGCCGAACGAUGCAGCCCUACAUGAGUUUAACUGUGCAUUUUAUUAACCACACCUGGGCUCUACGAAGUGUCUGCCUUCAAACGGCGUACUUCCCCGAGGAUCACAAGGGCGAAGUAAUCGCCCAAGGAAUAAAAGAUACUCUAAGCUCUUGGAACCUAGCCGAAGACCGACUCAGCUGUAUGACUACGGACAGCGCCACCAAUAUGAUCAAAGCGCUGAAAGACAACGAGUGGCCAAGUCUCCAGUGUUUUGGACACAGACUGCACAAUGCUAUAGAGAAUGGUGUGAAGGACCCACGAAUUGACCGUGCCAUUGGGAUUUGCAAAAAAGCUGUCUCUGCCUUCUCUUACAGCUGGAAAAAAGAAAAGAGAUGACUGAAGUACAGGCUGAGUUAGGUCUUCCCGCUCAUCAACUAAUAACGGA